CUCAUCUCAAGAACACAUAAUACAGUUAUAUCCUAUAAAUCUUUUGUGCAAAAUCUAACAAAACCAUUAUUUUAUUUCCCAUAAAACUUUUCUCUCUCAAUGUUCAGUGCCAUAUUAAGGCACCUCUUUGGUGCGCAUGUAGCCCUUCUCUUGCUAGUUAUCCUAUCCACCCACCAUUCUUGCAGUGCUAGAAAGAACAUCAAUGACUGUGCUCCUUCUUCUUGUGGCAAUAUCCGUAAUAUUAGCUACCCUUUUUGAUUAAAAACCGAUCCCAAUGGCUGUGGCAACCAAAAUUUUGAACUUGAUUGUGAAAACAAUGUUCGUCCAACUUUAAUCUUGAACAAGGUAAAGUAUUAUGUUCAGGCAAUCAGUUACAGUAACUUCACAAUUCAACUUGUGGAUGCAGCUAUUCAGAAAGAUGAUUGCUUCUCCUUUCCUCAUCAGCUUGUGGAUUAUCGUCCAUAUAAGUUUUUUAGCUCAGUCGUCGACUUUCCUAAGUUGAUUUUUAUUAACUUGUGAAAAUCAAAUACCGAGUCCUCCAGAUUAUAUUUUGGAUACCAGUUCUUGCAUAAAUGGCAAUUCGACUGCAUAUAAUUCUACCUUUUCUAGCAGUGUUUCUUCUCCCAGAUCCAUCAACAUGGAAGGUCAUUCCUAUGUCAUGGUUGGUGCCGACUUGCUGGAAGUGCCGGACUUAUGCCUUAUAAAUUUGAUUUAUUUUUUGCCUCGAUCUCUUCUGCCAGAAAACAAAGCCAGUAUGUCGUAUCUAGAUGUCCAUGAUAUUUUGAUGAAUGGGUUCGAGCUUUCAUGGUUCUCAUUCUGCUGUGAUUCUGUCAAAGAGCACCGCUGCAGUUAUCUUGAUGAAGCCACCGCGGACAAGAACAGUUGUGGAUAUUCAUUCUACUCCAACAUCAUGGAUGAUCCGAUCAGAGUUGUAACAGAAUUUCUGGCUGAUGAGGUACUCACAAAACUUGGGCGAAAAACCUGGUUUUUACAAGAUAUCUGGCUGACAUUUGAUCACAACAACAAGGGAAAACGGUAUUUGGAAUUCAGCUUGGUCACAAAAAAUGGUCAUUACAUGACGGGCACCAUCUCUUCAAAUUUACUAAGCAUCCUCACAGUUCUACUCAUUACGUUACUUCUCCUCAUUGGCAAGUAUUUUACGUUUCUUUUCUGGACUAAUUGUGAAGUAUUAAAUCUAUGCUCAUCUUUUGCUUAUUUCCAUCAGUUUAUUUCUUAAAAAUAAGUCCUUAAAAUUUAAAUAGUUCUUAUCGAUUCCUAACUAUUGCAUUGUUUUAAAUG